CAGCCCUCGUGUGUUACAGCCGGUGCUCUACAAUACUCUGUAAGCUCUGUUGCAUUGGUUUUGUCGGUUCAGUAUUCGUGUAUUGCGCUGAGAGGCAGCUGUGAUGUGCUGUGUUGUAGAGUACAGUUGCUGGUCGUUGCUCUGACACUAAACAUCAGACAAUUACUAUAAAAGGGAUAUCAUUAGAGCAAUCAAUGGCAACAUUACAUAAUGGCAUAGAUGGUGGUCAACCAACAAUUCUUACCACUAUUCGCAUAUCAAAUGGUAAUCUACAGCACUCUUCAGACCUGAUUCCGGCCAAAGAACACGACGCCAUCAAACUCUUCGUCGGACAGAUUCCCAGAAAUCUUGACGAAAAAGACUUAAAGCCUUUGUUUGAACAGUUCGGCAAAAUCUAUGAACUAACUGUCCUUAAAGAUAAAUACACGGGAAUGCAUAAGGGCUGUGCGUUUUUGACCUACUGUUGCCGCGACAGUGCAUUAAAAGCACAGAAUUCACUCCAUGAACAGAAGACUCUGCCCGGGGCUGAGAGACAGGAACAGGUGGUUUGA